AUCGAAGAGGCGUUCAUUCCACAGGGAGAGGCGCAAUGGAGUGGCGACCAGAAUGACCGUUGCCUGCUGUCUCUCGGGCUGUUGGCAGGUAACCAGACGGAUAAUAACAGCGGUCCCUUGCAGGAUAUUUCUUGUUUCCCCCACAUUCGCCUUCUUUCUUUACAAGUGCUCCCUCUCAUCCGUGCGGGCCCCUCCUUUGCUCCCGUCGCCUUCACUUCUCGUGGAUAAUACUCGUUUACACAGCCGGUUGAUUUCAUGGUAUUUUCUCGAACAUCAUGCGGCUUUCCCGAGGACUUUCGUUCAAAAUGGCCAAAGACGAUGCCGACGGUGACGCGUCCGAAGGCGCUUCUCACCCCCGUCACCGGCAUCGUCAUCGUCACCAUCUUUCCGCACCGUCGAACCAACCCCCGGUGGCAGGGCAGCCGGUGGAAGCGCGAUCGUUGUCCGGUAUUACUGCCAUAGCGUCGAAUCCGCCCUCGUACCCUCGAAAUCCGACGCAGCAAAAGCUGGACCCCUUGGUCUUGUAUAUUAUGAGAGUACCGGGGAGUAAGGAUGUCUUUCUCACUCCUCUCAAACCGCCUACCAAGUCGAGUGUCUCCGCCGAAGCGAUCAAUUCAUCGUUGUACUACCUGCAUGCGGCGAGCCCGGACGACUACGCAUUACUACAGACAUCGCAGUUGGAGCAGGAUGAUGGAGGGGAGGGAUUGCGAGACCAGGAUUCUUGGAGUGAUGGGCAAGGGAACAGGACUCCUCCGUCGCCAGCUUUGCUUGGGCGACUGAACCAGUUUCGGCGCAAGCCUGUACCUUCCGCGAGACCGAACGCGAGUCCAGUCACUCCCAUUUCUCCGCUGCCUCCUGCUUCCUACCAGUGGGAACAGAGCGCAUUUUCGUCUUCACAGUUUCGAAAAGUGUCUGUAGAAAGCACAAGCACUGAACAGGCAAGUCCGAAUGACCAGCUCACAUCCGACAAUGGCCUAUAUACGCCUCCCAAAGUUCAAUUUGCGGAUACGACAAGGAAUCCUUCACCAAGACGACCCGUACCACCCGUUCCCCCAGAUGGGCUCUACCUUAGCCAUUCAAACAAUUCCAUGGACGGGAGACCAAAUCGAUGGAGUGCGCUGCCAGGGUAUCUAGACACAAAUACAUGGAUCUCGAAGGAAAAUCAUGGCGCUCUGCAUGCUAGUCAGGACGGUUUAGAUUCAAGGCGACCACAAGUCAGGCCUCAUUCAUCCCACGGCAUACCACCGUACUCGGAUGCAGGGAGCCAGGCGAAAACCCAGAGACAAUUCCCUGCUCAAGGGGUCUCCAACAGCGGACCUGAUGAUAUCGGGCUCCGAAUCACUCUAGUACGGCGUGAUCCUUCGUACGGAAGUCAGUGGAAUGUUGCGACUAUGACAUCCUACAAGGCUGACAGCGGCCCGAUUGAAAUUGAGAUUUUAACGCCGGGAUAUACCAAAUUCGCGACCCAUAACGACCCUUUUUCCUUGUUAGGGCCCGGAGUUAAUCUUCCCCCGCAUAUUCGUGAUGCUAUUUCCUCUUCCAGGCCUCCCCAGACCGACUUCGAUGCUAAAAAACCCAGGGACCGCUUCAGACCUAGAAAGUUUCACCGAGAAGUCCGUCCCUCUCGGCCGCAACAGCAUCAACAUCAGUCAUCGCAGUCGCAGGACACCUCGAAGUACUCUAUGGAUGCACUCUCCAAGCUCGACGGCGUGAUAGCCAGUGCUUCUUCCAAGCUGAAAAGCGGAUAUUACAGCUUCCUGUCCCCUUGGAACGGACUAUGCACGUUCUCAGUAAGUCUCAACGGGCAGAGUCUAAAGUGUAAACACAUGAUUCCAGGAGCUACAUCCGCGAACGGCCCCGAUACACCGACGGUCACGGUUGCAGAGCUACGUUUCAACACUCCCUUCCAGAUAACAACAGCAGCGAUAAAUCUGUCUGGAUUCAGAGACAGAGACAGAGACGGCAGUGACAGUCCGACAACAUCAAAACGGCACACCCUUGCUGCUCUCCUCAAUCCCAACCGACCUCGCGCACGUUCUGGCGCUAGUCUGAAUUCCAACGCAAGCGGCUAUGAUUCAGACAAUAACAACCGCACCCAGACGGGCUCAAUGGACCGCGAUGAGGAUCGUCUCGAUUUCUCUCUUGCACGAGAAAACGCUGGCGGGGGUAUGAAAGGCGACGAAGCAAAAUUGGGUAAACUCAUCAUCGAAGACGAAGGGAUCAAAAUGUUAGAUUUGGUCGUCGCUGCUUCGAUGGCUGUUUGGUGGAGGACAUAUUAUCGAUGAUUUCUUUUUUUUUUCUUCCUCCCCCUCUCCUUUCCCUUACAAUCUGUAUCUAUUUGUAUACAUUUCUUCUCCUUUUUUGCAUUUGUUGAUCAUGGUUCUUGGUUUUUUGUUUUUUUUUUUUUUUUUUUUUUU